AAAGACUUUGUUUUGGACAGCUUGCGCUUGCACAGGCAGAGAUUGCGACAUUGAGGCGGCUUGUACCUGUGCCUCUCUUCUUGCUUCCUACACUCCAGAAUCCAAGAGCUAGACUACGCGCCAACGGACGGACUUGGUUGAAAAGUUGACAAGUGCCCCGCCGCCACGGUACAGAAGGGUUCUCACGCCACUCCACUACACCACACCCCGCGACAGAGCUCGCAGAAGAGAACUGCGCCAGAAACACCGCCAUGUCUACCAAAACACGCCCCGCCAUCCCGCCCGUCGUCAUGGACAACAUCACGCAGCAGAUCGGCAACACGCCCCUCGUGCGGCUCAACAAGAUUCCGCAGUCCCUCGGCAUUGCCGCGACCGUGUACGCCAAACUCGAGAUGUUCAACGCCGGCGGCAGCGUCAAAGACCGCAUCGCGCUGCGCAUGGUCGAGGCCGCCGAGAAGAGCGGCCGCAUCAAGCCCGGCGACACGCUCAUCGAGCCGACGUCCGGCAACACGGGCAUCGGGCUCGCGCUCGUUGGCGCCGUCAAGGGGUACAAGGUCGUCAUCACGCUGCCUGAGAAGAUGAGUCCGGAGAAGGUCGCCGUGCUGAAGGCGCUGGGCGCCGAGGUCGUGCGCACGCCGACGAGCGCCGCGUGGGAUAGUCCCGAGAGCCACAUUGGCGUGGCGCGGAGGCUGGUCAAGGAGCUGCCCAAUGCGCAUAUUCUGGAUCAGUACACCAACCAGGACAACCCGCUUGCGCACGAGAACGGGACCGCCGAGGAGAUCUGGGAGCAGACCGAGGGGAAGGUGACGUGCAUCGUGGCGGGCGCGGGGACGGGCGGCACCGUGACGGGCAUUGCGCACGGCAUCCACAAGCACAACCGCGAGGUGAAGAUUAUCGCGGCUGAUCCGCAGGGUAGCAUUCUGGCGCUGCCGGAGAGUUUGAACGAAGAGUUCAAGGACAAGCCGUACAAGGUUGAGGGCAUUGGGUACGACUUCAUCCCUGAUGUGCUGGAGCGUCAGGUCGUGGAUAAGUGGUACAAGACGGAUGACCGGACGGCGUUCCAGUAUGCGCGGCGACUCAUCUCAGAGGAGGGCAUUCUCUGCGGUGGAAGCAGCGGGAGCGCUAUGGAAGCGGCCGUGAAGGCGAUCCAGGAACUAAAUCUGGGCGCGGACGACGUUGUGGUUGUCAUCUGUCCGGACUCGAUCCGCAGCUAUCUCAGCAAGUUCGUCGACGACGACUGGCUCGCUGCAAACUCGCUCCUCCCCCCGACGCCCCCAAUCACCCCCGCAACAACCCCCGCCCACACGCGCCGGCACUCCCUCUCCAAAGACGCCUUCGCCGGCGCCACCAUCGCCGCCCUCCGCCUCAAACCCAUCACCACCAUUCCCACAAACUCGCCCUGCUCCGAGGCCAUCGAAACUAUGCGCGAAAAAGGCUUCGACCAGCUCCCCGUCAGCCUGUACUCCCCGGCCGGCAAGCCCAAGCUGGUCGGCCUUCUGACGCUCGGCAACGUCCUAAGCUACCUCUCCUCCGGCCGCGCGAGCGGCGACACGCCUGUCGAAGACGUCAUGUUCGACUUCCGCAAACUCGAGGAGGUUGUCAAGGAUCUGGGACGGCUGCACCUCGAGGGCGAGGAGAGCAAGCGCGAGCGCCAGUUUGUGGAGAUCACCAUGGAGACGAAGCUCGCGGAUCUGAUGAAGUUCUUCGAGUGGAACGCCGCGGCGGUGGUGACGGAGAGGCGGGGCGAGGAGUUGGUGCCCAAGGCGGUGGUUACGAAGGUGGAUCUGCUGAGUUGGAUGGUCAGGCAGGGGAAGGGGGAGUAAGUUCGGAGAGGAAGGCAUGGCAUGGCGUUUACUGGCAUCUUUCACGGCCUGGCGAGGGUUUAGAUUAAUGGGUAUCUAGAUGGACUUCAACGUCAAUCGAUACGUUCGAUGUGACCCC